AUCUUAGUGUUUGUGCAGCAACAGGGGAAAGAGGAGAUAGAGUAUUUCAAGCUUGGUGAUCUCUGGGACUGUUACGAUGAACUGAGCGCGUAUGGCUUCAGAUCACAGGUUGAUUUAUACAAUGGCGAAACCGUUAUGCAGUACUAUGCCCCGUAUCUAUCUGCCAUCCAAAUCCACACCAACAAACCGGCUGCGAUUUCCAGGAACCUGAACGAGGUGGUUGAAUCUGAAAGUAGCGAGUUUUGGAGUGAUAGUGAGAGCGAGAAGUUUCUGUCAAGGUCAAUGAACAAUGAUUCGAGCAAAACAUGGGAUGCUGACUCUGAAGAUUCGGUUUUUGAUCCGGAUGGUACGCUAUUGCCGCGCGAUAGACUUGGUUAUCUUGACUUUAAGUACAUCGAAAGGGAACCUCCACACAAGCGGGUUCCCUUAACGGACAAGGUAAACGAUUUGGCGGAGAAGUAUCCGGGACUCAUGACCUUAAGGAGUGUCGAUAUGUCUCCUGCAAGUUGGAUGGCUGUUGCGUGGUAA